CAAAUCUCCAUGCCUAUGGUAAUGAUGGUGUUAUUUGCUUAAGAUAUCCCUAUUUAGAGGGGAAAUGAAUAUAGUUAUAUGGAUAUUUAAGUUCAGAACUUUUAGUUGAGGCAUGGAUAGACUGUACAAGCAAAGUUCAAAAUCUCAUCAGAAGGAAAUGGAGAUGUUGAAAACUAUGACAGUCCCACCGGUCAGGUCACUGCUAGAGAGUGUUCCCCCAAGUCAGGCGGUGCUCACAGCUUAUAUAGACGACCUUGAUAAUCAUUUGGAGGAAAAUAGCCGCAAGAUGGAUGAGUGUCUUCAUGACAUCCUGAGAACAUGUAACAACUUACCAGGAAACAAGCAGUUUGCCAGUCCUAAGGAGGCCAUUAACAAUGUAAUUAGUACUCACAUCAUAGAGAAAGACUCCUGUUAUGAUCCUGAGGCAGAGGAUGUCCUCACUAUUCUCAGUCAUGUGAUAUCUGUACUAGAAAAUCAUCCAGGCAGUGAAGAAAAACUAUUACAGGAUCUCCUUUCAUUAUCCUCUAAUGAAGGAUUAUCACUGCCCUGUAAAUCCCAUCAGGGAUCAAAUCCCAUGCAGUCUGUCACCUCAGUCAAUGCAGUGAGUGACAAUCUGGAACUGCAGAUAGCUCAGCAGUGGGAUCAGAUCUCCCUUCACCUCCGGCGCUACUUUACAGACAAGUUACAGAAGCUCCCCAUCGACAGUACAAAGCCAGAUUUAGAUCUUUUUGAAGGGAAACGAAUUGAGUAUAUCCACAGCCUCUUGGCUCUGUUCUCUUCUGAUGAUAUCCUCAUCAAGUAUCAGACACUGAGAUCCCAGCAGUUGGAGCGCUGCUUCGAGACUUUACUGCCUGAGAUAGACUCGGAACAGUACAGUUCCAUGGAGAUUACCAAAAACUGCAGGGAGUUGUCAGAUAUUAUACUGAAUAUGAUUGAUGAAGAUUUUGUGAUCUUUAACUCGGGAAUUUUUAAGAAGGCUUUCAAUACUGCUAGGGCUAUGCAUGACAUGUACCUGGAGAAGUUCUCAGAUGAGAUGUCAGCACUUGUGGAAGAUAUUUGGGAAGAUAUUGAAGAUAUUGUUAACAAGCCUAGAAAAAAUUCAAAAGAUCAGCUGACCUCCAAUCAAUCCCAUAAUGCUGCACAGGAUGUACCUGAUGAAAGCAAUGCUAGUGAUCCAAGUCUCCCGAGAGUUUACAUGGAAUCCAUUUUAGAUGUGGUCACAUCGGUGUUACACAUAGAAGAACAUGUAGAAAUUCUACUGAGGUGUGCAGCCUGGGAUCCUGCUGGGGUGUCCAGUAAAAGGGUCAAGCGGAAAGGCAGUCUUAGAGGUGUGUUAAAGACAAGCUCCAGUCCUGAGAUGCAGAGGAGACCCCUCAGCUACACCUCAGAUGACCUGUCCUUCAGUGAAAGCUUCAACACCUCCUUUGGAUCCAUGCCUUCAAGUCUCUCUGACAGUACACCUGCCCCCAAAGUGGUGGAGAGAACUCGAGGUGAGGAGAGACUGAGAUGGGAAUGGAAACUGAUGUUUAAGAAGAUAGCGCCGGAUCUGUCUAAGUUUAUGGGGCAGCAGAUCCGGAACCUUCUGAAAACAACCCUGGACUCUGAGCUCAGAGACUGGGGACAGGUGGGGGUCCUCCACACCGAACCUGUACCACAGGAAUUGUGGGGAGGCAAGCUGGAUUAUCCAAAAUGCAUUUCUAAGUCGGUAUCAGACUUCAUGACUGAGCUUGACUUUCUGCUGCCCUUUGCGAGGGCAGGCACAGAUGGUUCCAUCUUAAAUUGUGUUAGGGUGGCCUAUGUGGAUGCUAUCAAUCUCUGUUUACAGAACUUCCACGUUCACCUCACAAAGUUGUGCAGUGAUAUCCCUCGGAAUGCCCCCAUGCAGAGCCUCUACAUUCUAUUGGCUAGCUCUGUGUACAUUAAGAACCACCUACAACACUACGAGGCGGUGCUCACAGGAGAAGAGACCAGCAAGAAACUUUUUUCUGCUCUGCAUAAGAAUUACAUGGAGUUGGUGGAUUCCCUGUUCAAGCUGACUGUUGAGAUCCAUAAUAACUACAUGGCCACCAGUGUUCUACAGGACAUGGAAAGUUACAACUGGAAGGAUAACAAAGAAUUCCAGGAGGGUGAGCGUUGCUCCUUCCCUGUACAGAUGUGGAACUACCACAUGCGAGGACUCCGCCACGACUUGUGGACCAUUUGUCCACCGCGUCUCUCUCAGGAUUUAUUUGGACAGGUGCUUCAGAACUCCAUACAGAUUCUGUCACAGAGAUACUCCCAAUCCAAGCCAAGCUAUCGCAGAACUUCUCAGUUCAGAUCUGACAUCAUCACUAUUUUGUUGUGUGCCAGUGAAUUACUUUUCCCAGCAUGCAAUUCAGUUUCCAUGUAUCUUGACCCUGGGUCAUCCCAGCUCCCUCAUUACAGCAUACACAACUUCUGCUCCACACUUCUAGCAGAUAUGGCCAUUGUGGCUUCACCCCUUGAAAUACUUUACAAGAUUUAUAAAAGGGGUUUCCAUGAGUUACCUGAACAGCCUCUUUCUGGAUUGUCAUCUCCUACAGCCAAGGUCAUGGGUUCCAACACCAACUGGUUGUCAUGGAUACAACCAACCAUUUUUCAGGCUGGACAUAAACACUACUUUGAUAUGAGGACAACCACUGCCCUGUACUUUCACUGCAAACUUCUUUUAUCUCAGCCACAGAUUGAUUGGGCAAAAGUGCUGCAGGCUUUCAUCAUGAAGGAUUUCACCCUACCCAUCUUGUUUCUGACUCAAAGUGUAACGACUGACUCAUCAUCAAAAGGAAACACUGACAACAGUCUUGAUCAUGAGAAAGUUGGCGAGACGUUUUCUGUCAUCACCAAAGUUUUGACGCAGUGUCCCCAUUUUAAAGAGUCUGUGGCCAAAGUUCUUGUGCCAGUCAUAAACAGGUGUAAUGAGUGGAAGCUGUUGGACACUAAGACACAGAUAGGACUGGAGUCUGCGGUACCUGUAUGGAUGGAGACUGUCUUCACACUGCUAGACCCAUUUAUCCACAGCAUAUUGAAGCCACUACUAGUUUCUGUGGUUUUGGACUCUAAUACAGGUCCACCCAUCCGUCCUAUCAUGUCUGUAUUGGCAGAUCUGCCCUGUGGAUGUAGACCCCAGUUCUCCGCUCCAUACAAAUCUAAAACUUCAGAAAGUGAGAAGGAGGCAAUGGAUGCCUUGCUGAGACAGGUAGUGGGAUACAUGUCAGACAAUGUCUACUCCAUCCCUAACACUGUUUGUAUCAUACUGAGGGCUCUACAGGAGCACUGUAUAGCCAAUAACAUCAAAACACCACACCACUGUGCUGGACUCAAGAUUUUAGGCACCUGCCUUAGGAGGAGACUACAAGACAAAGGUUACCUGGAGAGAAUUACUGGCCUCACUCUGAAUCACAAACAAGUGGAGGAUCUCAAGUCUCUGGCCGACUGUAUUUAUUACGUACUUAUCAACACUAAAGCUAAGAGCAAUGCCACACCAAAGCUGGGUGGAAAAUUCUGUAAGGAAAACAAGGAGUGGGUUCACAGUAAAAUCCAGUCAAUAACUGCCUACCUUAACAAUGUGAUUUUUGAGAUCAGUGACCACACUAUAUUGGAGGGUGCGACCAAUGAGUACAUGAAACAGUUGUUUACACUGGCUGCCAGUAACAUUCUGGAUUCUCCUACUGGACAAGCUGAUUUGACCUGUCUGUAUGGUCUGAUAGCUAACAACUUUGCCUGGCUGGAGAAACAGUUUGAUAUCCAGUUUGUUUUGCCUCCAUACGGAACAGAAGAUGUCCCACAAUUCUCUCUGAGGAUGGAGGUGGAUCACCCGAGAGAGUUUGAUGCAUGUAAAGAGUAUGAGAUGAUUGGAUCAAGGAAGUUUGAUCAUGCUACAGUUGAGAAUUACGACAUAAACUGGCAAGAUCUUCUGUCGUCAGACCUGGGGAUCAGUGAGUUUGGAUUCCGUUCUCUCCUGUACAACCGACACGAGAUGCAGGACGGGGCGUACUUAGAGGAACAGGAGAAGAAACCAGUAGAAACGCUCAAGUCUGUGUAUGAAAAUGAACCCAGAGAGUUAGGAUAAAAUAUGUACA